UUUUCGCUCCCGGACGUCAUCUGUUGUUUAGCUCCGUCUCGCUAAUUCCUACGGUACACAGGAAUUAAUUGGUGCUGGCAGAUAAUACAGUGUUAUCGAGUUAGUCGUGGGUGCGUCUUGUAUUUGAUAACACUCGUGAUAACAAUGGAACCGAAAAGUCCGACUUACGAGAAACUAACCAGCGAGAAGCCGCCGCUGUCGCCGGUCCUUCGCCCUUUCAGGCUGAGGUUCCGGAAGAUGCUGAGCAGCGGCAGCUUGAGGGUUAGUUCGCAGCCGGCGAGCCCUUCGGACCCUUUCAGCGAGAAGGAGUUUAGCUUCCACUCGAACUCGGCGGAGUCGCUGGUCAGGCCAGGGAGCAGCAGCGGGUAUUCGUCGCGUCCUAGUUCCUUUAGCUCGUUGGAGAGAAGCCCUUUAGCGAAAGAAGCCCCUUUCGACGAGAAAUUAAGGCGCCAGCAUCAGAGCAACACGACAUGGCACGGCACAACCGCGUUGCCCGGUGUGCAAGGAGCCUCCAUCAAGCAGAGCCCGGAUAGGUUAAAGGGCACAACCUGCGACCUGUUCGAGCUGCUAGAGAAAGCCCAAAGUUCCAGAUUAGAUGACCAAAGAUGUGUAUUACCAGCGUAUUUCAAUCAGCCGCCCCUGGCGCAGAGGCAGCACAGCGUCCCGGGCCCGGAUCCGCGCGACGAAUGCCGCCUCUCCACCAACAACAACGUGAAGAUCUCCCCGAUGGGCGGCUGCACCCCGUCCCAGCACAACACCCCGCCGGCAUCGCCGCAACAGGCGACGCAGUCCCGACGUCUGUUGCAGGAAACCCUCUCCGGACCGGCGCCUUAUCCCAUGAUCGCCGUCCCGGAAAAGGGUUACUGGGUCGACGGAACCGAUCACGAGGUCUCGUUCGACCACAGGGGCGCGCCGAUCCUCUCCCACCAGACGUGGAGGGCCAAGAUCGAGACGGACGACACGGGGAAGUGCUAUAGGAGGUUCUACGUGGGCAGGGAGCACACCUCCCUCAUCGGCACCGACGACCAGCUCGGCCCCGUGCUCCUCUCCAUCAAGACCGAGAACGUGGCCAACCAAGAGCACACCCGCAUCCUCCUCCGGAUGCGCAUCGGCACCAUGCACGAGAUCGUCCCCUCGUCCUGCCUCGGCGACUCGCCCAACCCCGCCCGCAUGGCGAAACUCCUCAACGAACAACUCAACAUCGACAACUUCGUCCCCGUCUUGCACCCGAAAGCCUCCCAACUGAUCGCCAACUACGACGAGCACGUCCUCGUCACGAAUUUCAAGUUCGGCGUGCUGUACCAGCAGUACGGCCAGACGACCGAGGAGGAGCUUUUCUGCAACAACACGACCAGCGCCGCCUUCGACGAGUUCCUCUCGCUGCUGGGACAGCGCAUCCAGCUGAAGGACCACAAGGGCUACAGGGGCGGCCUGGACAUUCAGAACGGACACACGGGCGACCAGGCGGUCUACGACGUGUUCAAGGACAGGGAGAUUAUGUUCCAUGUGUCGACGCUUCUGCCGUACACGGAGAGCGACCCGCAGCAGUUGCAGAGGAAGAGGCACAUAGGGAACGACAUCGUCGCCGUGGUGUUCCAGGAGGAGAACACGCCGUUCUCGCCGGACAUGAUCGCGUCGCAUUUCCUGCACGCGUUCGUCGUCGUGCAGGUGGUGGAGCCGAAUACGCCCCACACGAGGUACAAAGUGAGCGUGACAGCCCGCGACGACGUCCCCUUCUUCGGGCCGACGCUGCCCACCCCCGCCGUCUUCCGCCACGGCCCCGAAUUCAAAGAGUUCCUCUUAACCAAGCUGAUCAACGCCGAAAACGCCUGCUACAAAGCCGAAAAAUUCGCUAAACUAGAACUUCGGACGCGGACGUCCCUCCUGCAGACCCUCACCGAAGACCUCCGAGAAAAAACCAACGAGUUCCUCGGCGGUGGCGGCGCUUUGGCCGUCCCCGGAACCCCGAAGAGCGACUCCGGCCCGGGUUCCAGGUUCAUCGACACAGUGAAAAAGGCCUGGAGCGCGCGCGUCAAGUCCAGCCAGAGCGUGGACAACAACCUCGCCAGCGCGAACGGCCACGAGCGGCUGUCCAAGAAGUCCAGCCAGCCGACGAUCUCCGAGUCCACGCCUUCGAGCGGCAGGUCGCUCUCGAAGAGCUCCAUCAUCUCCAACGGGAAAAAGAGCGCCAAUUCGUCGACGGCGUCGUCGCCGGACUUGACGGCGCACGCCCACGGCCAUCCGGCGCUCUCGGAAGCCAGUGACGACUCGUCGCUGACGAGCGAGGACCUGGAGGAGCAUUUGGCGGGUGGAUACAUCGACAGCGACACGGGGUUGGAGAGCAUGUCGAGCGCGGAGACGGCCGCCAAGGCCUGCAGCGUGUGCCAGGACCGGCCUACGAGCACGACGGGGCCCAGCACGGAAAUGCUGGCCCAAGAAGUGGCGAAGUUAAAGUGUGAUAAACUGGAUUUGUUGAGGCAGAAUGUGAGUUGUCAGAGGGAUAUCAAGAGGCUGCGGGAGAAGGAGCUGAGUCUGCAAGGGGACUUGGAGGCGGCGAAGAAGGAGAUCCUGAGGUUGAGGGAGUUGUUGAAGGAUUAUAGUCCGAACGGCGAUAGAUCUCCGGUUUAAUUGUUAUUUUUUACUUUUCGAUUUUUUUUGUUCGUCGGUAAUUAUUAUUUUAAUAUUUAAAAUAAUUAUUACUCACUUUUGUUCGAGAUACAUAGUUGAUAUGUAAACAUUAACGGUGUCAAUUAGAUGUUUGCACAUUACACAUAGCAUGAAUGCAUCAUCAUCACAAAUACGUAUUCUCUUCACUGCCUUGUGAUAUCUGGAGUUUUUUUUUGUUUGUUUUGACCCUUUUUGAGUAAUCGGGUUUGUGUUUUAGUUGCAAUAAUACUCGAAUGGACAACGAAAUUACUCACGAAGGGUGACGGGCUUUUCUCUAAGAAUUUAUUGUUUAGUUUUUUAGAUAUUUAUUAAUAUUUUUCAUGUAUAGUUAUAAUACAACUUUACCAACAAAAUGAUACCAAAGUUAACAUUCCCCAAAAAUUCUGUUUCAGAAAUUAAAUUAUUUACUAAGUGUACAUAACAAAGUAUUUAUUAGUUAGGAAUGAGACAGAGCAGGAUAUUGUUAAUAUUGUAGAUUCUAUAUUACCCUGUUCGUUUUUUUUUUAAGUUUGUACAACUGCAAUAUGUAUUACUAAAGUCUAGUAUCUUUAUUUUUAAGUUUUAUAGUGUAUAUAGAAAAAUACUAUAAUUACAAAAAUAUUCUUCAUCUACAAACUGUAAUAGAUGUAAUACGUGUUUGGUAAUGUAACCUAACCUAACCAAACAAAUCUAUGGCCUUCUUAGGACGAUCUGAAGUGAUAUAAUUAAUGUCUGUGCAAAAACAAACUUUUGCAACAAUUACGUGUAAUAUGUUACAAAUUAUAAUUACAUUAAUUCUUUAUUGAAA